GAUGCAAAGGCAGACACCAAGGUAGUCGCCCAUUGCUUGCGCGUGAUGGGUGGUCUUCAUGCGAACAUGUGCCGUCUAGAAAGCUACGGAACGAGCAUUUCUAGCAUCCGCCGCAAGAAGAUCGAGCGAUCCCAGAUCGCGCGGAGUGGAUGGACCAGCUUCUGCGGUUUUUGGAACGGCACCUCCUGCACCUGGCGGAGGCGACCAUCCUGCUGAGUGGGUGGACCCCUCUCGUAGACAUGCUGGAGGUACUGCUCAGGAGCUUCGCGGACAACGAAGAGUGCCCGCUGAUGCAGUUCCUGCACGCGGCGAGACACUUCAUGGUGCAGAACUCGCCGGUCGUCUACCUGUACCCACUGCAAUUGUAUGCAUCGGCGCUGGUCUUCGAACCCGACUCGUCGCUUAUCAAACGCGCCCUGGUCGCCGACAUCCCCUGCUGGCUCGAUCUUGCCCCGAGGACGGAGGAAACCCCCGGGGAUCCAGGUCAGUUCGUCGAUGAGUCCUUGAUCGCAGGCCACACAGGUCCCGUGCUCGCGCUGGCCUUCUCUCCCGACGGCCGGCUCGCGGCCUCGGGCUCGAGCGACCACACCGCCGCGAUGUGGAACACGCAGACGGGCACGGUCAGACACAAGCUGCGCGACCACGCCACACGCAUCUGCCACGUGGUGUUCUCACCCGAUGGCCAGCUCCUGGCAUCCGGCGCGGCGGACCAUUCUGUCCGGCUGUGGGACACCCGCACGGGGCGCCUGCGGCAUACCCUCAUUUGCACGGGCAGACCGCGGGCCCCGCGCGACCCCUACGACGGCGGCAUGAUCCGUGUGGUGUUCUCGCCCGACGGACGGACUCUGGCUGUCGAGAUCUGCGAUGAACGGGUGUGGCUGUGGGACGUGGUGACGGGGUUCCUGCGGCUGACGGUCGACUGCCAUGACGGUGAGAGCCGGGCCCUGGCCUUCUCGCCGGAUGGCCGGCGGGUGACGUCGGGGUCGAAGGACCACUCGAUCCAGAUGUGGGACGUCGCGACGGGGGUUCUGCAGAAGACGCUGCAGGGUCACGAGAUCUGCAUCAUCGACGUGGCGUUCUCGCGCGACGGGCGCCGCCUCGUCUCCGUGGGGGGCGACCUCACAGUGCGGCUGUGGGACACGGAGACCGGCGCGCUCCAGCGGACGUUGCGCGACUUUGUCAACCAGCCCCAGCCCCGAGCCGUCGGAUUCUCCCCGGACGGGCGGCUGGUGGCGCUAGGAGGGGAGGACGGCUGCCUGUAUAUCUGGGAUGCUGGCUCGGGGAAAUUGCUACAAAAGGUGCCGUUGGGCCCGGUGGAAAAUACCCUCUUGAUUGGGGGGGCGUCCGGCUGCAGCUCCUACAUCGAGACCGACGUCGGGUGUGUGGAUAUUCGACGCUGGUUGCCUGGGGAUGCGUCGCCUUAUCCCGAGGUGUAUCGGCAGGAUCUGUGGAUAAUGUACCAGGGGAGACGUGAGAUGCGUCUGCCUGAUAGGUACCGGCGUCCCCAGGCGUCGGCUUACCGCGAUGGGAUUCUAGCGUUGGGGUAUGAUUCGGGGAGGGUGAUAUUUCUUGGGUUUGGGAAAGAGUAGGCUCGCCUGGGAUUAAGUUAAACUGUCUUCUGAGCCUGGGAGUAUAACAAGUCAAUCAUCUCCUCUUCUCCGUACACCAAACCGACUCUUUGAUAGAGGUAUGAUGCACCUCCCCACAGUACCUAUCACGUUAGCCUCAGC